AUGUCGGUCGCACUGCAGCACCGCGUGAAGAAGCUCUUGGCGAGCCAGGCAGAGAUGGCGAGCGCCAAGAGCCUUCUCGGCUCGCUGCCACCACUCGUCGCCAUCGACGUCGGCGGGACCACCGCGGGCGUGCGUACCGCGCUCAAGAGCAGCCUCGACAACGCCAGCCUCCGCGUCGCGGAAGGCCUCCUUAGCGAGAUGGACGUGGUGCUGGCGUCAAUUAGCGCGCUCCAGCAGAAGGCGGAGGCCAUGGACGUCACGUGCCAGCACGUCGCUGCGUACCUCGACACGACCGAGCGCACGUCCAACGCGUUCGUCGCGCAGGCCGCGGCCCUUACGGGCGAGCAGCGCGCGCUGCAGGCCGAGAUGGACGAGACCAAGCAGUUUCUGUCGCAGCACCAAGUCGACCCCGUCGACGUCGCGCUCCUCGAAGCGCCGGCGCUCGAUGGCAACGACGACGCCAUGACCGUCUUCUUUGACGUCCUUUCGCGCGUCGGUGGCAUCAAGUCCAACUGCAAGCGUCUCGUGGAAGCGAAUCCUGGGCCCACAAGCCUCGAGCUGCUCGACCGCGUCGGCCAGCACCAAGAUGCAGCGUACGACAAGCUGUACCAAUGGACGCUGCAGCACUGCGGUGGCGCCGAGACCGAGCCCAGCCGCUUGCUGCACCACGCCAUGCGCCACCUCGUCGCCCGCCCUGCGUUUUAUGCGCAUUGCAAGGAAGCCCUUGUAGCUGCUCGACGCGGUGCGAUCUUGCGCCGCUUCAUCAUUGCGCUGACGCGGGGCGGUCCCAACGGCAUUCCUCGGCCCAUCGAGAUCCACUCGCACGACCCGGUCCGGUAUGCUGGCGACAUGCUGGCCUGGGUCCACGCAGCCAUCGCUUCCGAGCACGAGUACUUUAAAGUGUUGCUGGACGGGGCCGAGGCCGGCGAGACGCAGCGGCUCGUGGGCCAAGCCUUUGAGGGCAUCGCGCGCCCUCUCGAGGUGCGCUUGCAGCAGACGCUCACGGGCCAGACCGCGUGCCCUGUUGUGUAUCAAGUGGUGCACCUUCUCGGUUUUUACUGCGUCACCAUGGCCAAGCUGGUGCCCCAAGACGCCGAGCUGAGCACUGUUCUUGUCGAGUCGCUCGCCCGUGCCCGCACGAGCUUUGAGAAGCAGUGGCAGCACCAAGUGGACGUGUUUCAAGCGGUUAUGCAGGAAGACCGCGCCGACUUUACCCUUGUCGCGGCGCAUGCGACGCUCGACACGACGCACAAACUCGCGCAUUUACUUGAUAUUUACCAAAGCGCGCUGCUACCGUUCGGUGCUCAAGCCGCCGAUGUGGCGCCCGUGAUCGAGUGCUUCGUCGUCGCGCUUGCUGCGUCCUCCAAGCAACGCCAUGCUGACCCGAGCGACGCGCUCGUCUUUCAGCUCAACCAACUCGGCUGUGUUCACGCAACGCUCUCGCGCUACGAGGCGCUUGCCGGUGCGUGGGUCGCUGAGCUUUCACGGGACAUUGGCGCCAGUAUCGAUGCGCUGGCCACUGCGCAGGCGUCGGUGGUGCUGCAGCGGUGUGGCGUCGCGACGCUGCUCGAGCGCAUGGCUGCGGUGCACGAGGUAUAUCUCGUCGAUGCGGGCAGCGCAAUGCCCGGCCUCGACGUCGACAGCGUCCGCAUCGUUGUCCACAACUUUUGCUCGCUGCUCAUGGCGCUUGAGCUUCCUGCCAUUGAGCGCAUCUCGCAACCGGACGUCCGCGACGAGGCGUACACACGAGCCGCUCGCCGCCUCUGCGAUGCCUAUGGCGCGAUCCACGCGUUUGUGUUUGCCCCUGUCAUGGGCUAUGCCCAGCCGUCGACGAUUGUUGUGCACACGCCCAAGGAGAUUGAAACCAUCUUGGACCUUGCGUCCUAGACCCAGUCCUAGACCCAGUCCUAGACCCA